GAACUCAGAGAGUGGGCCGUUAAAGAAAUUUAUUGGAUCUUUGAGAGAGGUAAAACCCUGGGGGAAGGAAUUGUGCGCUACUCUCGGAACAGUUUCUCCCAAAAUUCCUGGUCUGAAUUCGGCAAAUUAGUCAGAAUAUGGAUGCCAAAGCCAAGAACAAGGCGCUGUUUCGUGCCAAAUUGAACGCCCAGAAGAAGGAAAAGCGCAUCAACUCUCCUCUUGUACGGUACAAUGAUUCUGACCAGCCUUUAUGCAAGAUUUGUGACUGUGUUUUGAGAUCUGAAUCUGUUUGGGACGCACAUCAACUCUCUCGUAAACAUAAAGAGGCAAUAAUUAAUCUCAGAGCUGCAGCAGGCGGAUCAAAUCGAGUAAAUAUUGCAACCACUGAAGCCCAUCCAGAAUUGUUUAAACCUAAUGAUGUAUCUUUGGAGCUGGAGGACCCUAAACCCGAGUUGCUUAGACCUCAAAUGUCUUCUGGUCUUCCUCCGGGUUUUUUCGAUAACCAGCCACAAAAGCAAAGUACAGGUUCGGACUCUUACUCAUCAGUGGAGACUGAUUCAUACAAAAGGAUGCAGAACAGAAGUAUUGAGCCUUCUGGGGACUUUACACAGGCAGCAUCACAGAGUGCCAGUUCACAAGCUAAGCAAACAAAAGGAGCUCUUCCUGAAGGCUUCUUUGAUAACAAGGAAGCUGACUUAUCUGCACGGGGAAUCAAGAUUGUUAAGCCAGAUGUCAAAGAUGAGUACAAAGAAUUUGAGAAGUUGAUCCAAGAGGACUUGAAGGAGGUUGACAAUCGUUUAGAAGAAGAGGAGAUUGAUGCUGCUGAAAUGAUAGAAGAAGCUGAAUCAGUGGAGCAAAAAACAUAUAGGGAGAAAGUGAAAUUGAUGAGAAAGAAGAGAAUGGAGUUGAAGGCUGCCAAUGCUGCCAAGCGUAGAAAAGCUUCGGAUUUUGUCAAAAAAGAGGAGCCCAGUCAUGAAGAGUCAUCUAGUGAUGGUGACAGUGACGAGAAUUUUGCAGUGGACUGGAGAGCUCAACAUUUGUAAAUUUUGUGGAAAAAAUUCUCCUGCGAGUUCAGUUCUGGACAUGUUCAGACCAUCAAACAUGUAAUGUGCCAAGUGAUGUGUUUUGGAAUCCUGUUGGCAAAAAAUGGAAGCCUUGCAGCUUCGGGAAUUGAGCAGCUAAUUGUAACAUUUUAGGCCAGCAUACACUAUUCAGUAGGCCAUCAUGUUUUUCUAGGCGACAUACUUGUAGCAAGGUUAGAGAUUGAAUUUUUCUUUUGUCUAGCCCUAUUAAAUAGAGUUGUAGAAUGGAUACCCUAGCCAUCUCUGGUUUCCCAGACCGGAAUAGAGAACUCUUUCGAGUUUGUAUAGUAUUCUACAACCUAAGCGGCGAAUCCAUGUGGUAUCCAAUCGGUUUGGUUGUGGGCGAACCUCCUGAACUAUAUGCAUGAAAUCUUAUAUGCAGGUUUUUGACAAUCUUUACAUUACAACUUUCUCUUUUUGAGAAUAAGAAGUCUCUCUUCUUCACAAAAGAGUUUUUC